UUAGUAUUUUGGCGCCUUCCUUCUUCCUUUCCCGUUCUGAAGAAGGGUCCCGGCCGGAAACCUCGGCGUUCAAUCAUUUCCCAGAGCAUCUGACCUGCUGAGUUCCUCCAACAUUUUCUUUCUGUUGAUCUAGCUCACGCCUCCUCGUCACCAUCCGAAAUUCUGCCAACAAUAGUUAUGUCAUCACGGCGUGAAGGAUCAGAGAGUUGAGGGUCUGAAUGGGGCGGAAGGAUAGAGUGCAUUCUGCCUGGAAGUUCGCCUGCGCGCGUUAGCCCUGCCGCAGCUCUCUUGCUCCCAUGCACCAUUCAACGUUUUCCGGCUGCCCGGACUUGUAUCAUGAUUUGCAGCGAAGGGACUGCCGGUCUGUGAAUGGUGAGACGAGCAGCGAAUGUGAGAGAGCUGGCUGCCAUUCGACGAUCCGGGGCAAGAGAACGACCGAACCGGAGACUUGGAACUACACCAGGGCGAGCGCGGGGCCGAUUCGGGUCCUGGUCGGCAAAGUUGGCGCAGGCUUUAAAGGCAACACAGGGUUGAGCGGUGAGUGGGCGGACCAGUUGGUAGAGGGGCAAAGGCCACCCUCGCUUAGCAGCCGAAGGUUUGCUUCUUUAACAGCGUUCUCAUUUGAUCCAACACGCCGGGAUCGAGCGGUUAAGCGGAAUCUUUCCAUGCACCACCAAUUUGGAUGAGAAAGGUCUUAAAGCAUCAGGUUUAAAGACAAAGCACAAUGUCAUACGUGAGUGACGAGUUAUACAAGUAUGUAAGGGAGAGUAUGCCAAGUUUCCUCCUGGUGAAUGUAAACGAAUUGCUACCACAUCUGUCCUGCCUAACUCAGAUGGACCAGGAGAAAAUCAGAGCACAAGUCAAAAUGGAAGGCAAUGAGUCUGCUGUGCCCAUAUUUCUGGAUUUUGUGAGACGAAGGCGGGACUGGGGAAGGCAGCUGAUAAAUGCCCUACGCAUGCAUGACUAUCAUGACCUUGCAGAUGGUUUGGAAACUAAACUUGAAUCUCUAGCUCCGCGGAGGAGGUCGGCACCUGGAGGCACAUCUGUACCGUUUCCUGUACAGGCUACACCUUACAACUCUUCAUCGACAGAUUUUCUCUCUCCUCCCAGAUCUCAGUUCCCUGCCUCACUCCCAGAUAACCAGCCGCACACAGCGGUUGUUGCUGACAAUCAGCAGUCCUCUUCCAGCAUUGCUCAAACGGCCGUCCAGCUACAGCCCAACGUCACUGGGCUGCAGCCCGCUGUGCAUGAUCGGCACUUAACCUCUGGCAUACCCGUACCAAGUGCACUGGUGCCACAGUCUGUGCCUGGCACACCCAUCAGUAAUAAACCUGCAGCUUAUUCCACCCCUGUGACACAACCUGUGCCUUGCACACCCCUUAGUAAUGUAUCUUCAGUUUAUUCCACCCCUGUGCCUGGCACACCCAACAGUAAUCCACCUUCAGUUUAUUCCACCCCUGUGCCACAAUCUGUGCCUGGCACACUCAUCAGUAAUACAGCUGCAGCUCAUUCCACCCCUGUGCCACAGUCUGGGCUUGGCACACCCAUAGUUAAGGAUUCCAGGCAACCCCCAACUGUGCCACAGUCUGCACUUGACACAGAGGCACCUCACACUCCAGCACAGGGUACAUCCGUGCCACACACCAUGCCUGGCACAUCCAGCCCCAUCCCACCCGUGGAGCAAUCCAUGCCCAGCACCACAGCACCAGGCCCUCAUGUGCCACGUCUCACUGAUUCACCAGCCGCUGUUUCAAGCAGUUCUGGUGAAUCUUCCUCUGCCCCCUCAGUCCCUUCUGAUACAUCCCUUCAAGAUAAUUCCAUGAAGUGUAAAGUACCAGUCCAAGAAAUCGGAAACCCAUUGGACAGAGAAGAAAGCAAAGAUCACAGGCUGCCCGUACAGGAGAAGACAGUUCUUGAUGGAUCAAAGCAAAGUGAUGUUCCCCAGAGUCAACAGAAUCAGACCAAACAGUACCCUCAAAGUAACAUGGGUGAAAAAUGCCACGGGUAUGCUACUAACCAAGCCAAAGGAGGAACUAUAUCCAAUGAAACCAACAUCAUUGUCCCUCCAUCAUGCAUACAAGUGCACCCGUCCAGGCCAUCAGAGGAGGCACUCGUGGAUAAACCUGGCGUGUUGAGGAGCGAUGUCUGGAACAUGCAAUCGACAGCUGAAUCGAGCUGUGAUAUCCCUGAAACCAGCUGCACAAUAACAAGUGGUGAUUUGCAGUACAGUGAAAGCGCAACAAACGACACAGAGAACAAUGGUUUGGACAGCUCUGCAUCACCUAACAGUUAUCCAGUGUCCACGCCCGAACACGGCGGCGUUUCCGAUGACUUCGGUGAUGAAAACUCCAUAAAGGAACAAAAGAUUCAGGCACUGCGAGGUUACCAGAAUGACCAACUGUUGGAGAAUUUUUAUGAUGUUAACAGUCCCUUAAAUAUACAGAUGAACUUUGAUGCUCAGAAAAAAAUAGCGGCCUUGAAUGAGGGUGCAAGCCUUGAUGAAGAAGGCAUUUUGAACCAUACCUUCAACGAUAAAUUCCCUCUUCAGAGUAAGCCUAUUCCAGUAAGUAGCACUGAAGUUAUACAAAGCCCUGUACUUACAGGCUCACACCCUGUUGAUGGUGGGGAUGACUCUAAACUUGAGUUCAAGGGAAACGUGCCCGAUAGUUGUGUUUCGAUAUCCGAGAGUGAGCUAAUGAUAAGUUCUGCAUCCAGUGAUGGCUCUUUUGAGAACGGUCUUGCUGUAACCAACAGUGAGGCAAGUAUGCAUGUCCCAGCGAGGAGUGAUGAUGCAGAUGAUGCGCAGAAUCAAGCACUUAAGCAGGAACACAAAGCAGAACAUGUUGAAGACAUAUCUACGGAUGUAGUAUUCAGUAAAGGGUCAAGCCAAAAAGUUGAGGUUGCAAAGGGAGGAGAUUCAUUCCAGACACAUUGUGAAGUGAGCCAUGAUACGCAUUACUCUAGUACUAAUGAAAACUAUACUCUUCCUUAUAAUGAAGAUGUCAGGGAAUAUAGUGGGCACAUUUAUCAGGAACCUGAACAUGAAAAUGAAGCAGGCAAUAAUCGUGAGUCUGAAGCAGGGAACUCGGGAGGACGUAUUGGGCGUUGUUUGGAAAAAGGCAUGAUUAAUGCUUUGUCUGACAAAUAUGUUCCUUUACCCUCUCAACAGAGGUCGCAGACCAAGUUGCCAGAAAAGCCAACUGGGGAUUUAAGACAGCCAGAUUAUAUACUUGUUUCCUCAUUAGUUCUGGUUUUUACAAUUGUUGCUGGGUUUGUAUGGAAAUACUAUCGAAAGUGACGCUUGAAAGAUUCCUUAAAAAAAUUAUCUUCUGUUUAAAAUAGGAUUUCAGUUUAGGUAAUGAAAAUAAGUUGCUUUCUUCUCUGCUGAAGUAGCUUGGGCAUAUUUUGUAACUUGUUGCAUAUUCACUGUUAAACUGCUGUUGGAACUCUUUCAAGAUAACUUAGUUUGAUUGACUCCAAAAUGGUAAAGCAAGUGCCUGUGUUGUGUUUCACAACCAGCCCUUCAUAAAAGCAAAGGCUACUCUAUGUACUGCAACAAAACAAAAAUCUUACCUUGUUAGAUAUUAACUUUCAAACUGGGAUGCAUCCUUUCUCCAAAUCUCAUUUAAAUUGCUUGAAUCCAUGAAGUUAAAGAUUAGCUUUAUUUGUUGCAUGUACUUUGAAACGUACAGUGAAAUGCAUCAUUCGUGUCAGCUGCCAGCACAGUUCCAGGAUGGGUUGGGGGCAGCUGGCAAGAGUCACCAAUAUAGCAUGCCCACAGCUUACUAACCCUAACCCAUAUGUCUUCGGAAAGUGCGAGGAAACCGCAGAACCUGGAGGAGGCCCACCUGGUCACAGAGAGAUCUCAUUACAGACAGCAGCGGAGUUGAACCCUGGUUGUUGGCAUGGUAACAGCAUUACCGCUAUGCUACCGUGCCACCCUAUGGCGAAGGGCUUGGUGAUAAUCACAAUUUGUUCCACCAAAACCUCGAAGUUGAAGUUUUCCUCUGUGGUGCUUCGUCCUUCUGAAUCCAGCUUGUUCUUUCAGCACAGUCACUCCGGGAGGCUUGAGCCCACUGACUGUUAUUUUUAGAAUUACUUGAUUUGAAUGAUCAAUCCAACUUCCAGUAGAGAUGGCAUUGAGCUGCCUUUUCCAUUGAGGUUGUGGCUCAGAUUUAGGUGUUUUUUUCAGUUCGGAGGGAUGGUUUUGGGGACAGAGAGGGGAAUUAGGGGUCAGACUAGAAUUUAGUGACAGGAACGUGGAGAUCAGGCCAGAGUCUAGGCCUCUGAUCGGUCCUCCAUGUUCAGCAAUGUGGACAUGAAGUUGGACAUCUGGAGUCUGGGUCUCUAUUCUGUGCUCGAAGGCCAAUGAAGUGGACCGUGGGGCAAAAGAAUCUGGAGUGUUGGCUUCUGCUCUGCACCAGAAGGCUAGUGACAGCAGUGGUGACAAAGAAUAUCCAUGUAUGGCAGGCUGGCAAGCGCUGUGGAUGAGGACCAGUGAGAACAAGGGCUGGUGGUCAGCGAGUCCUCCUUGGUCAGUGGGUCCUUGGGUCAGAUGUCCAUACGAAAGGGGGCACGAGUAUUGGUGACCUCUGGGUACACAAGUUUGCAAGUCCACAGUUUAAGGCCUGUUGUCAGGGUUUUGUCAUUGGUGGCACUGCAGUUCAAAGCCCAAAUAUCUACUGUAAGUCCAGAGGUCAAAGUCCUAAGGCUGAAAUCCUGGGUCUACGAGCCUGAAGACCAUUGGGGAAGUUGGAGGCCUUUGUCUGCGAGCCCACUGGAGGCUCAGAAAUUUGCCCAGGGAGGAAGAAACUGGGCUUGGUUUAAUAUUGUUCUGAUGCCUGUUGUGGUCUGUGUUGUUCUGCGAAGCAUUAUGGGCAUACAGUGUUGGCCCUGGAAUGUGUGGUGACACUUACGGGCUGCCCCCAGCACAUACUUAGGUUGUGUUGGUUGUUAAUACAAACAAUGCAUUUUACUGCAUGUUUCCGUGUACAUGUGAUUAAAAAAUACAUCAGCGUAUGCGUGCAAUAGAAUGAAUGUUGGUAGUGGGGUUGUUUUGAAUAAUAACUGUCUUUCCGGAGGUUAGCCACAUUUUUUCCUCCUACAUUGCUGCAAAUGUUGUGGAGAGUUAUCCCCUUGUUGAAUUAUUUUAAUAAGAAACAGAAAGAAAGACUUUCCUGACUUCCAGGAUAUUCGUUAGCACUUCACAGACAAUGAAUCACUUCCCAAAAUCUGGCUGUUGUUGCAUUGCAGGACAAGGAACCCUGAAGAAGAAUGUAGAACAGUACAAUAGAAUGUACAACGCUCUUUGACCCGCAGUGUUUGUGCCGACCGUGAUGCCAUUUUAAACUUGCUCCAUCUGCCUGCACAUAGUCUCAAGCCCUUCAUCUGCUGAAUAACAAGGAACUCACCUCGCCUCACUCCUUCCCAUUUGAUACCUAAUUGCUUGGAAAUAACUCUUUAGUACAGCCAUAAGUGAUCCAGUGUCUGAGUCCAGUUUUCACUACAGCAGAUGGCCCUUCUUUACAGCUUGCCUUUAAUACUGCAUUCCUAAGCACCAGUAUCUUCAAGCAAAGGAAUAUUGGGCAGGAGAUAUUGUAGAUACCUGCUGAAUUACCUUCUAGAGAAAUUGAAAGAUCAAGGUUCAAAAUAAAUUUAUUAUCAAAGUAUGUAUGGCUGGUUCCUUAGGAGCCUUAUGGUUCAGUGGUAAUAACCCAGUGGUGUGGGGCCUGAGGUUCCUGAACCUCCUUCCCAAUGACAGCAGCAAGAGCAGAUCAUGGCCUGGGUGGUGGGGGUCCUUGAUACUUGAUACUGCUUUCUUGUGGCAGUGCUGCUUAUAGAUGUGCGCAAAGGUGGUUUAUAUCAUGGGCAUCUAUAGCUAUCCCUUGACGUGUGUUUAGUUACUGCAAUUAGAAAAAAUUGUGUACCUCCCCAUCAUGCCUAGCCAUAGGGAGAAGAACCAAAAUAUUAUAAACUUCCUCCCACUGGAACUGCUACUUGAAGGGCAGCAGAAACUUCGUCUCUCUCCUCUUGAUCUUCAGUGAUGGAAACAGGCAGGUCCUAAUAUCUGGCAUUGACACAAAGUUUGUGGAUUGGAUGGACUGCCUGUUGAACACAGUCCAAGCCUGUCCUAUCCGCUUCCUACCUCUUCCACAUAUCAUCUUCCAGCUUCUCACUUCAUUCCUCCUCCCCCACCCAUCUGCUUUUCCUCUCAUCUUGUUUCAUUUAUCAUCUGUGCCAGGUUGUAAUCCUUACCAUCCUCCACCUUGUUAUUCUGGCUUCUGCCCCCUUCCUGUCCAGUCCUGAUGAAAGUUCUCAGCCCCAAAUGUCGACCAUUCAUUCCUCUCGGUAGAUGAGUUCCUGUAGCAUUUUGACUUGUGCUCCUCUGGAUUUCCAGCAACUGCAGAGUCUCUUGUGUUAUAUCUUGUGCAUAGUGCCUGAAAAUCAUUUCCUUUCGCUGCAGUGGAACUGCACACCCCACAACAGGCAGCUAGACAAAUUAUAAUUUAGUACUCUGGGGUGAGCUAGCAAGAUGAAAUAUUAGGAUAAUAUUUACCCUAAUUUAAGCAUUACUUCAGAGAACAGGAAUCUGUUUGUCAGCAUUUUCUGGUAAUUUAUAAAGGCAGUGAAACCAUUCUUUUUAACGUUGGAUUGGGGAUGGUGGAGUGAGAGAGAAUUUCAGAAUCUGUAAAGCAUUUCCAUAACAUGCGCUUUAACCUGCCACUAAAGGAUAAAGGUGACUUGAUAGAGUUGUAUACGAUGGUAAGAAGCAUAGAUAGAGUGGACAGCUAGCACCUUUUUUCCAAGGGCACCAGUAACUAAUACAAGAGGCAUACUUUUAAUGUGAUUAUACUUUCAAGGUGAUUUGAGGAACAUACAGGGGAGAUGUUAGGGGUAGAUUUUUUUUUACACAGAGUGUGGUGUGUGCAUGGAACGCCCUGCCAGGGGUAGUGGUAGGGGCAGAUACAUUAGGGGCACUUAUGUGAUCCUUAGAUAGUCACGUGGAUGAAAGCAAAAUGGAGGGCUAAGUAAGAGGGAAGGGUUAUAUUGAUCUUGGAGUAGGUUUAAAAAGUUAGUACGACAUCAUAGUACAUAGAGCAUUACAGCACAGCACAGGCCCUUUGGCCCAUGAUGCUGUGAUGACCUUUUAACCUACUCUAAAUUCAAUCCAACCCUUCCUUCCCACAUAGCCCUCCAUUUUUCCAUCAUUCAUGUCCCUUUGCAAGAGUCUCUUAAAUGUUCUUAACCUAUCUUCCUCCACCAUCAUACUGGCAGCAUGUUCCACGCAGCUAUGACUCUGUUUUUAAAAAAAAAACAUCUCUGACACCCUGCCUAUACUUUUCAUCAAUCACUUUAAAAUUAUGCCCCCUCGUAUUAGCCAGUUCUGCCCUGAGGAAAGGUCUCUGACUGUCCACACAUUCUAUAUCUCUAUCAUCUUGCAAGCCUCUAUUAAGUCACCUCUCAACCUCUUUCACUCCAAAGAGAAAAUCCCCAGCUCACUCAACCUAUCCUCAUAAUACAUGCUCUCCAAUUAAGGCAGCUUCCUGCUAAAUCUCUCACUGAAGUUUCGACAUCCUUCCUAUAAUGAGGUGACCAGAACUGAACACAAUACUCCAUGUGGUCGAUCCAGAUUUUUAUGCAGUUGUAAUCCCUUGAACUCAAUCCCUUAACUAAUGAAGGUCAACACACCAGAUGUCUUCUCAACUUGCGUGACCUAUGGAUGUGGUCCCCAAAAUCCCUCUGUUCCUCCACGCUGUUAAGAAUCCUGCCACUUACCCUGUAUUCUGCCUUCACAUUCAACCUUCCAAAGGGAGUCACUUCACACUUUUCUGAGUUGAAUUCCAUCUGCCACUUCCUGAAGGGUCUAUACUGUUCUAUGUUCUAUAUUUAAUCUAAUGUGAAAUGUAGAACUGUUUAAAUAGUGGCUUCUUCAGUGAAGUGCUGCAAUCUGCAGUGGAUUGACGCCCUACCUCACCAGGGAAUGAUGCUUCCCUUCAGCCCAUUACUUUAAGUCAGCAGUUACUUUUGCAAAGCUAAAGAUUUUUAUGGAAGCGAUCAAAUAUCUUCAAUAUUCUCUUUUGUAAUCAAUUUUAAAGUAGUUUGCUGAGCAAUUCAGAUGUUUAUUUUGCACUUCAGUUUUCUUCUAUCGCCUUUGAAAAGCAAUGAGUUCUUUCUGGGUAGAAGGUCCACGAAUGCUGGUCAUGUCAUAAGGAUCAUGGGUUUUAUAAUUACCCGGGAAAAGCCUAUAGGUCUGGGAUAAUUUAAAAUAUUUUAGAGUAGCCUUUCUAUGAAGUAACAAUUAAUAUUCAAUCAGAUGCGUUUUUUAAAAUACAGAACAUAAAGGCAAACUAAAAGAAUGAUGGUGGAUCUCAUUGAAACACAUUGAAUAUUAAAAGGCCUAGACAGAGUGGAUGUGGAGAGGAUGUUCCUUGUCAAGGGGGGAGCCUAGGACCAGAUGGCACAGCAUCAGAAUGCAGAGAUGCCCCUUUAGAACAGAAGAGGAGGAAUUUCUUUAGCCAGAGGGUUGUGAAUCUGUGGCAUUCAUUGCCUUUUGGAGGCCAUGUCGUUGGGUAUAUACAGUGCCAAUAAAAGGUAUACACCCCGCCCCCCCCCCCACACAGACCUUUUCAUGUUUUAUUGUUCUGCAAUUUUGAAUCACAGUGGAUUUAAUUUUGGCUUUUUUUGACACGAUCAGCAGAAAAAGACUCUUUUGUGUCAAAGUGAAAAUAGAUCUCUGCAAAUGACUUAAAUUAAUGAUGCCCCCUUCAAGUCAUUGUGUUAGUAGAUGCACCUUUGGCAGCACUUACAGCCUUGAGUCUGUGUGGAUAGGUCUGUAUCAGCUUUGCACAUCUGGACACUAAUUUUUCCCCUUUCUUCUAUUUCAAAACCACUUACGCUCUGUCAGAUUACAUGGGGGUCGUGAGGGAACAGCCUUUUUCAAGUCCAGCCAUGAAUUCUCAAUUGGAUUGAGUUCUGGACUCUGACUUAGUCACUUCAGGACAUUAACUUUGUUGUUUUUAAGUCAUUCCUGUGUACUUUGGCUUUAUGCUUUGGUUCAUUGUCUUGCUGGAAAACAGAUCUUUUCCCAAGUUGCAGUUCUCUUGUAGACUGCAUCAGGUUUUCCUCCAGGAUUUCUCUUAAUUUUGCUGCCUUCAUUUUACCCUCUACCUUCACAAGUCUUCCAGGGCCUGCUGCAGUGAAGCAUCCCCACGGCAAGAUGCAGCCACCACCAUUAUUGACAGUAAGGAUGGUGUGUUUUUGAUGAUGUGAGGUAUUUGGCUUAUGUCAAACAUAGUGUUUAGUCUAAUGGCCAGAAAGCUCAAUUUUGGUUUCAUCAGACCGUAGAACCUUCUUCCGGUUGACUUCAUAUGCCUUUUGGCAAAUUCUAGCUGAGAUUCCAUGUGAGUUUCUUUUCAACAGUGGCUUUCUCUUUGCCACUCUCCCAUAAAGCUGCGACUGGUGGAGCACCUGGGCAGCAGUCCCUGUAAAUCCUCUAGAGUUGUCAUAGGUCAGCUGGUGGCCUCCCUGGCUAAUCCCCUUCUUCCACUGUCACUCAGUUUUAGAGGAUAGCCUGCUUUGGGCAGAUUUACAGCUGAGCCAUAUUCUUUCCAUUUCUUGAUGAUUGACUGAACUGUACUCCAAGGGAUAUUCAGUGACUUGAAAUUUUCUUGGAUCCAUCUUCUGAAUUGUGUUUUUCAAUACCCUUUUCACAGAGCUGCUUGUAGUGUCCUUUUGUCUUCAUGGAGUAGUUUUUUCCAGGAUACCCACUCACCAAUAGUUUGACCUUCCAGAUACGUGUGUAUUUUUAUUAAAUUCAAUUUUAAAACUUUGACUGCACACGGUGAUCUCCAUUUAACUAUCUAUGUGACUUCUAAACCAAUUGGCUGCACCAGUGAUAAUUUGGUGUGUCAUGUUAAAGGGGGUGAAUACUUAUGCAAUCAAUUAUUUUGUGUUUUAUAUUUGUAAUUAAUUUAGAUCACUUUGUGGAAAUCUGUUUUCACUUUUACACAAAAGAGUCUUUUUCUGUUGAUCGGUGUCAAAAAAGCAAAAUUAAAUCACUGUGAUUCAAUGUUAUAAAACAUGAAAACUUCUGGGCGGGGGGGCGGGGGGUGGUGAAUACUGUUUAUAGGCACUGUGUAAAGCUGUGACGUUGAUAGAUUCAUGAUUAGUAAAGGUGUCUAAGGUUACAGGGAGAAUGGGGUUGCGAGGGAUAAUGAAUCAGCCAUGAUGGAAUGGUGGAGCAGACUCAAUUGUCUGCAUGGCCAAGUUCGGUUCCUAUGCCUCAUGGUCUUGAAUUGGCAAAAAAUAUGAGCAAUUGUACCUGAGACUGGAGGCCUGCAGGAAGAAUGGGAUUGGAACCGGCAUGACUGCAUCUUAGGAAGAGCAGAAACCAUUGAAUAGGGACAGUGGUGGUAGUUCUCUGUGGUAAAUGUAAGAUCAUUAAACAGUCCCUGCUCUUUGAGAAGACAAAGUAUUUCUGAUAAUGGUAAUCAACAGUAAGUCUAAUAUGAGACACCAGACUGUGUGGAUCUGAAGAGUGGAGAUCUAUUUUGAUUAGUAAAGUGAGUGAAAUCUUCUGGACUCUAUUUGAGACCAUAUAUGGAUAUCAAUUUUACCUGAGGAUUUGAGGGACAGAGCUAAACAUGCGGAAGAAGGAUCUGCAAGGACACAAACACCACAUGGAAACCAGGGAGAAGUGAAUACAAUGUCACCUCUGCUGAAGAAACUCCACGGGCUGUGACCUCUUAGUUAUUGCCUGUAAUAAACAUAGAACUGAAUAAACUCGUGAUUUAGUA